AGCGUGGCAAACAGGAUAGGAAGCACAGAUCUAACAUCAAAGGAUAUUUUGGGAGAGUAACUAAUUUCACCUGUAACAUUAAAAAGAACUCCGUCGUCGUAUCUUGAAGUUAUAGAAGUUACUUUUGGAAGCUGUGUCAAUAGACUUAAAUUGUGUCCUGUUGGCUUGCUGCGCCGGACUCAGUCAUCCGUGGAUGAUGCACUAUUAGCUUGCUCCAUUGAAACUUGGGAUACACUUUGCUAUUUGGAUUUCCAUUGAACAAUAAACUCAUCUCCAUCUAAACUUGAAACGGAUCCCACAAAUUCCCAGACGGUGUGGAGAUGCGUCUGACUUUAUGAUUGGCAGCUAUGGGACUGCACAGGACUCCUCCCUCGCUGUUGGCCACCGCUCUACUUACUCUCUGGCCCCUCUAUCUGGUCCGUGCUGCUGCUGCUGCGGAGCCCUCGGUGCGUGCCAAGCUGGGCAGCGUGGCGGUGCUGAGGUGCAGCCUCUCCCCUGAGGAGGUGGAGGAGGUGGAGGUGGGCACUGCUGCCAGCCCCCGAGGGGGCCCCGGGGGGCGUGGGGGCCACGUGGUGGAGUGGGUACGCCAGGGCCUGGACAUCCCCAUCCUCAUCCAGUUCGGAGCCUACGCCCCUCGACUGCACCCCGACUACGAAGGUCGAGUGUCCCUGAUGGGGGACGGAGCGCUGAGGAUAGGGGCUCUGCGGCUGGAGGACCAGGGCCUGUACGAGUGCCGCAUCCUGCCCCUGGAGAAGACCGAAGGGGAGACGCCGCGCAAUGGAAGCUGGACCCUCCUCACUGUUUAUGCACCCCCCAUCUUCACCGAGACGUCUCCCCCAGUUGUGGAAGCCCUGCUGGGGAGGCCGGUCACCCUCAGGUGCCUGGUGUGGGGGAACCCCACGCCACAGCUCUCAUGGACUAAAAAUGGAGCCCCUCUUCAGCAAAACAAGAUGGAGGUGAGCAACGGGAGUGUGUCCUUCCGGUCGGUGAGCAGUGAGGCAGCUGGAGAGUACAGGUGCCACGCCUUCAACUCAGAGGGCAACGUGAGCCAUGCCACUCAGCUGUGGGUCAAAGGUCCCCCCAUCAUCCGCGUGCCUCCCAAGGACCUGGUGCUCAACAUCUCCCAGAAGGCUCAGCUGCAGUGCUGGGCCGAGGCCGACCCCCCCAACAUGACCUACGUCUGGCAGCGCGGCGGGGAGAACGUCUACCACAUCCAGUCUUUGAAGUCCCGCGUGAAGGUUCUGGUGGACGGAACGUUGCUGGUCAGUCGCGUGACCCCAGAGGACUCUGGGAACUACACCUGCACGCCCACCAACGGACUCCUGACUCCGCCCUCGGCCUCUGCCCAGCUGACCAUCAGACACCCAGCCCAGGUGCUCCAGAUGCCCAGGGAGACCUACCUGCCCACGGGCAUGGCGGGGGUCAUACCCUGCCCCGUCCGAGCAGAGCCACCCCUCCUGCGCGUGGACUGGACCAAAGAUGGCAAACCCCUGGAUCUCGACACACAAUACCCCGGCUGGACGCUGACACCGCAGGGCUCCGUAACCAUGGCGACGGCCAACGAGGACGCAGCGGGCGUCUACACCUGCACCCCGUACAACAGCUACGGGACCAUGGGCCAAUCGCAGGCCACCAGGGUGAUUCUGCAGGACCCCCCGUCCUUUAGAGUGCAGCCCAAGAAGGAGUAUCGUCAGGAGGUGGGCCGAGCUCUGGAGGUGCCCUGCCAGGCCAGAGGAGAACCAGCCCCACCAGUCACCUGGAGCAAGGUGGGUCGUGCUCCCAGCUCGCCCUUCUCGGUAGCGGAGAACGGCUCGCUGCUGCUGCAGCCGCUCAGCAAAGACCACCAGGGGGCGUGGUCCUGCUCCUCCUCCAACCGAGUGGCCACCGUCAAUAUCACCACCACACUACUCAUCCUGGGCACGAGUCCGCACGCUGUGUCGCUGCUGUCUGUCUGGGCAGGCCUAACCCACGCCAACGUGUCCUGGGAGCCCGGCUUUGAUGGCGGAUACACACAGAAGUUCACAAUCUGGCUGAAGCGGGCAUCGUCCGAGGCCGAGCCAGAGAAACAGGAGUGGGCAUCGGUGCCCGUGCCCCCCUCGGCGGGCUCCAGCUUCCAGGUCACGGGACUGCAGCCCGCCACCGACUACCAGUUCAGCGUGCUGCCGCAGAACAAGAUGGGCACGGGGCCAUUCAGCGACAUCGCCAGCGCCAGAACUCUGGAUCCACAGCCUGUUGUGCUGGAGCUGGCCCCGCCCACAUUCCUCUCGGCCAAUGUGACGGCGGGGGGCGUGAUGAUGCGCUGGGAGCCCCCCCGCGACCAGAGCCCCCCUGUAGAGACCUUCGUGCUGCAGACCCGCGUGCAAGGCGGCCAGUGGUCCAACCUGGCAGAGGACAUCAGCGCCAACCUCACCCACAUGCUGGUGCAGGGCCUACGCAGGGACAGUGUCUAUGAGCUGCGCCUGCUGUCCCAGCGCGGAGAGGAGCGCAGUCACCCCAGCGACACCAUGACCGUCUCCACUGCAGGUCUGGAGGUGGCCGUGGCCCCUGUCAGUCGCGGCGGCACAGGUACAGGUGCGGAUCAGCUGAUGCUCAUCCCUGAGCCGCUAUUGGCUGGCGUGAUGGGGGGGCUGGCCCUGCUGUGUGUGGCUCUGCUCCUCGCCAUCAGCCUGGCGUGCGUGUUCCACCGCCGCAGCACGCGCCGCAAGAGGAGGAGAGAAGAUCCUGCCCUGCUGACCAGUCCAUCUGCAACAGCAAGUGCGGCUGGUGGCAGUCCAGACAGUGUGCUGAAACACAAACUCCUCCCUCCUCCCUCUUCCUCCUCCCCCCACUCACCCUCCUCCUCCUCCACAUCCUCCUCCUCUUCCUCCACCACCGACUCCGCCUCUUCCCCUUCCAACCGCUCCACCUAUGAGCGUUCCAGCCAGAGCAACUACCCCCACAGCCAGCAGAGGGGGCACCACCACCAGCAGCCACGACCUCGUAACCUCCCCCUGCCCGAGAGCAGCCUGAGCAGGGGCAGGGGUGGCAGUCGAGGCGGUGGUGGUGGUGGUGGUGGUGGCAGUGGACGUGGGAGUGGAGGUGAGAUGCAGGAGCUCUUGACCCUCUCCCCCCUGGAGCUCAUCUCGCGGGGCCCCGACGGCCGCUUCUCCCUGAAGCCCCUCACGCAGCUCCCGGGCUCCAGCUCCAGUUGCUGCAGCAGCAGCCUCUCUCGCAGUACGCCCGUCAGGAGGAGCCUGCAGUCAGACUUCUCCCAGCUGCAGCAGUCCCAUAGCAGGAGCUUUGCUGGAGGUGGUGGUGAUGGUGAUGGUAGUAGUGGUAUCUGUGGAGGUAUUCAGAAGUCCUACUCGCUACGUUCGCACAGAGAAGACAGGAGGGACCACCGGAGGCAGCAGAACAGGGACGACAUGGACGCCCCGUUCGUGCUCUCCGUAGACCUCCCGCCCUCGUCUUCGCACUCGGCCGCGGCGCGGGUCAUGGCCAAGCACCUGUCACUGCAGGGCCACUACUUCCCCCAGGACCACCUCGCGCACACGCACUCCGUCGCCGAGCUUCCAGAACGUUCCAGCCUGCUCUCAGAGUGCACCACCAACAGCAGCAGCGGUGGCACGUCCGUGGACGUAUGCUCUCACGACCCACAAGCCUACCUGGAGGAGGGAGAGAGACCUGGGCACCACCUGGGGGGCAGCGCUGGGUACGCCUCCCUGAAGCGUGUCGGUGGUGGUGGUGGUGCUGGUGGUGGUGGAAGUCCUGAUGAUGCGGACGACGGGGACGGGGACGGGGGUCCGAGCUCGGCCAGCCUCCUGGUGCUGCAGAUGGAGCACGAGCGGGAGCGCGGCAACCUGAGCAGGUGCCUGACGCUGGCCCGGGAACGUGAGGCCCUGGAGAGGGAGCUGAGGAAGUACGCCACCGACAGGCACUCGGUGGCGGUGCCGAUGGACAGAGAUGGAGACAGAGAGGGCUCCCAAUAUUGGCAUCAGCAGCAGCAGCAGCAUCAGGACCACCACCAUCAUCUUCAACAGCAGCAUCCUCAUCAGCACCAUCAGGAACAGCAAGUUCAGCACCACCAUCCGCAUCAUCAUCAGCAGCAGCAUCAGCAUCAGCAUCCCCAUCAUCAGCACCAGCUUCAGACGCAGCUGCAGCAACAGCAGCAGUGGGGAGUGGAGGACGAUCUGGAGGCCCAGGAGGAGCCAGAGCUGGUCUGGAAGACGCGCCACGGACACGGCGGGGGAGGAGCCGCCACAUCCCUGUCGCAUCAUCAUCAUCACCCCCACCCCCACCACCAGACCAGCAGAGGGUGCUACUCGCCCGGACCCGGAGUAGCCUCGGGCCGCAGCAGCACUCGGCCCUCCUCCUGCGUGCUGUGGGAGGCCGCCCCUAUGGCCUCCCCCACCCACCUGGUUCAAGUCCACACCCCACCACCAGCAUCAGCACCAGCACCACAUCCUCUUCCCUCUACAGCAUCUCCACCCCAGGAUGCAGCAGACAGGCACUGGGUGAGGUCAGACAGCCAGCGAUCCAGCAAACGCUCCCCCCUGGUGGCAGGCGCCGGGACCGCAGGGGUCGCUGGGCCCGCGCUUUACCCAGAGAGAGAGAGCCCUCGGCGGGAGCAUCUGGAGGCACUGCGACGCGGGUGCGUCUCUCCAGACCGGCUCUCAGUGGUGGCGGCGUCGGCAGCACCAGGGUCAUCACACCACCGACACACCUAUCAGGACGGCGCAGACGACACGUCCACCGUGACAGCAUUAGAGCAUUCCGGAACUCAGAGGAGGAGUAGGAAGAAGAAGGGAGCCAGAGAUGAGGAGGAGGAGGAGGAGAGGGAGAGGGAGAGGCAGGGAGAGGAGAGGAGUGGUGGUGGUCCCGCCGCCCGCAGUCAUCCUAACGCGGUCGACUGCACUUUUGUGGAGAUGAGUGUAGACGGCCCCGAGAUUGAGGAGCGGCGCCGCCCCGCGGACUCCACACCUGGCCGAGGGGCGCACACGCUGGGGCGCCGCCGAGACGGAGACCAAUCGAGAAGCAGAGAGCGAGAGAGGCAGCAGCAUGCACAUCACCACCCAGACACACAGACUCUGCACAGGACGCCGCGGCGGGGAGGAGGAGGGACGACACACGGUGGUGGCACGGUGUCACCGCACAGGCCAAUAGGCAGCAGUGGCAGCAAGAGCCAGUCCAGCCGGACACUGUCUCACAGUCGGGACGCCCAGCAGCGGCCGGAUUUGAGGAAGACAGGCAGCCUUGGGCCACAGGGCUGGGCCGGGGCCGGGGCAGGGGCAGGGGCGGGGCCGAAGGGCACCAACAGCCUGGAUUGGCGCAGCAGGAAGGACGGCGAGUUCCUGACGCCCGAAGCCUGGAUCCACUCCCUCAGCAUGAACGAGAUCUCUGGGUCCCCCUCCUCCUCGUUAUCCUCUCCGCCAGCCCAGCACGAGCACGAGUACGAGAACGUCAGGAGAGGCGGCGGCGGUGGUGGCGGCAGUGGUGGAAAUGGAGGAGGGGAUCCCUCCCACCACAACAACAACAGCAGGGAGAUGAGCCCACGUCCUCCUCACUCCAGGGGAGGAGGACCUGUCAGUGUCCAUCACUCACCGGUGUCAUCACAGAACACCCUUGGCAGGAAGAGUCCAGCAGACGCCCUUCACAGGGCCACCACCCCAAACCCUCAACCCACUGGGGGGCGUACCCCUAAUCAGCAGCAGCGUCACCACCACCAGUCGACCACAUUGCCACGGGACUUUACAGGACGCCAAGGCCUACCAUCUCACACCCCGAACCCUCAACCCACUGAGGGGCGUAUCCCUUUUCAGCGUCACCACCAGUCGACCACAUUGCCACGGGACUUUACAGGGCACCAAGGCCUACCAUCUCACACAACACCCACACCCACAACAACAAGUCCACUCGAUAGAGGGCACCCCACCACACCCAACAGGCACCCCGUUCCUGACCAAGCAAUCUCCCCCCCUCACUAUGUCUCCCCAGACAGGGCCAAGUCCCCCCCACCACCACCACCACCAGCCGCCGCCACCAGAGGACCCUCCCAACCUCCCAACACCAGCUCCUCCACCCUGGGCAGACCGCAACAACGGCGCCACCUAGCUGAGCGGAGUCUCUCCCCGCCAGCGCAAGCGCGAGCGCUCUCUCUGCCCGACAGAGGGAGGCAAGGGAACUCGUCUGCACUUCUGCUGAGGCCCCCCAGUAGUUUAGGGGAGCCGUACGCCGCCUGGCAGCCCGACACAUGGCACAGCAGCUCGGGUCGGGUGGUGGAGGAGGAGCAGGGCAGAAGGAGGCCGGGAGAGGAGGUGCUGAUGGUGGGGGUCGUACGGAGGAAGGAGGAGGAGGAGGAGGAGAGAGGAGACGAGCACCACCACGAGGAGGUGGAUGCUGAGAUCCGGGCGUACCGCUACAACAACAACAACGCCGCCGGCGUGGCCGAGUCGGAGGGCAGCUACCGAAGCUACGCCAGCCAGAGCAGCAGUGGGCGCGGGAGCCUGGACCCCCCCAGCAGCCUCAGCCCCCCCCUCACCAGCUCCCCCGAGACCACCGAGGACAGCGAGCAGGAGGACAAGGCCCCCCAGGACAGACGGCGUAACAGCUCGGUGGACGAGAGCUACGAGUGGGACUCCUCCCAGUACGUGUCCAUGAGGCCUGUCUACCUGAAGCCAGCCCAGGGGCAGCAGCGGAGCCUGGGGAAGGAGGAGGAGGAGGAGGAGGAGGCCGACUGGAGGAGACACUCCUACAGGACCAAUGGAGACCCGAACAAAGCAGCAGGAGGAGGAGGAGGAGGGGGAGGAGAGGAGGACGGAGGAGGCAUGUUCCCGUCCAUCAAACUGCUUAAGCCAGGUGGGAGUCUCCUCUCCCCGUCUGCUGCUGCUGGACUGCCCCCCCACCAUCACCGCCACCCGCAUGAGACAGAGGAGGCAGUUCUCUUCUGACAGACCCAAUAGCUCCUCAACUCAUCUCACCUCAUCUCAUCUCAUCUCCGCUCCACUCCUUUCUUCGCCGCUCAGCUCAGCACCAGUCCACAU